AUGGAGUCCACACCUCCCUCAACCAUGUCAGAAACUGGUAAACUACACAUAGUUAUGUUCCCAUGGUUAGCUUUCGGUCACAUGCUCCCCUUCCUCGAGGUCUCAAGGCUCAUCGCCCAAAAGGGUCACAAAAUCUCCUUCGUAUCCACUCCUCGAAACAUCGAUCGCCUCCCAAAACUUCCUCCAAACGUAGCUCCUCUCAUCAACUUUGUAAAACUUCCUCUACCCCAUGUCGAAAAUCUCCCCGAAAACGCCGAGUCCACCUCCGACCUACCUUACCACAUGGUCAAGUACCUCAAGAGAGCCUAUGAUCUCCUCCAACAGCCAUUGACAAGCUUUCUAGAAGCUGCUUCUCCUGAUUGGGUUAUCUAUGACAUGAUAUCUUAUUGGGUAGGUGCAAUUGCAGCUAAGCUACACAUUUCAAGUGCUUUAUUCUGUAUCUUCAUUGCCUCUUCUAUGACUUAUUUCGGACCAGCUUCAUUCUUGCUGGAACCUCCAAACGAUUAUCCGAAGAAGCUGGAGGACUUCACCGUCCCGCCCAAGUGGGUUCCGUUCAAAUCAACGGUUGCUUUUUGA